GAGAGAGAGAGAGAGAGAGAGAGAGAGAGAGAUCUAACCACUGACACAUAGCUUUAAAGGGUCUGCGCUCCUGUCAGUGUUUGUCCACUUGAGGGUUCGUCCCUCUGUGAACCACCUCUCCGCUCCUCGCUCCUUCAUGUGUUCGACCAUCACAAUGGAUUUAUUCUGACGCUCGUGGGACUCGGACAUGUUCACCCUGCUAUGAGUUCCUCUGCGGAGACGCUUCCGUCGGCGGGGCAACUUUUCCGUGCGCACCGGCGCCGCUGAGCCGCGCGUCCCUCGGUGGGAAAGUUAACACGCAACACCGCCACGGACAUGGACUCGCGGUGAAAACUCCGGACUGGUCCCACUUUCCUCUCUGCCCCCGAAACCGGUCGUCGCGAUGCAGAAGAGCGUGCGCUACAACGAGGGACACGCGCUGUUUCUGUCGGUGGUCGCGCGUAAAGAGGGAACCAAGCGCGGGUUCCUGAGCAAGAAGACGGCCGAGAACAGCCGCUGGCACGAGAAGUUCUUCGCCCUGUACCAGAAUAUACUGUUCUACUUCGAGAACGAGCAGAGCGCGCGACCUGCGGGGAUUUACCUGUUGGAAGGAUGCACCUGCGAGCGCGCGCCGGCGCCCAAGAUGUCCACCACGGGGAGAGAAGCGCUGGAGAAACAGCACUACUUCCUCAUCGUGUUUGGCCACGAUGGACAGAAACCUCUGGAGCUGCGGACAGAUGAGGAGUGUGAGUGUGAUGAAUGGGUGGAGGCCAUCCAGCAGGCCAGCUAUUCUGACAUCAUCAUCGAACGAGAGGUGCUGAUGCAGAAAUACAUCCACCUCGUGCAGAUAGUGGAGACGGAGAAGGUGGCUGCCAAUCAGCUGCGCACCCAGCUGGAGGAUCAGGACACAGAGAUCGAGAGGCUCAAAUCAGAGAUUGUAGCUCUGAACAAAACCAAGGAGCGAAUGCGGCCUUACCACAUCCAGCAUGAAAACGAAGACCCGGACAUCAAAAAGAUCAAGAAGGUGCAAAGCUUCAUGCGGGGCUGGCUCUGUCGGAGGAAGUGGAAGAUCAUCGUUCAAGAUUACAUCUGCUCCCCUCAUGCCGAGAGCAUGAGGAAGAGGAACCAGAUCGUCUUCAACAUGGUGGAGGCAGAGACAGAGUACGUCCACCAGCUCUUCAUACUGGUCAACUUUUUCCUAAGACCUCUGAGGAUGGCUGCCAGCUCCAAGAAACCACCAAUCUGCCACGAUGAUGUCAGCAGCAUCUUCCUCAACAGUGAGACCAUCAUGUUCCUACAUGAGAUUUUCCAUCAAGGCCUAAAGGCGAGGAUAGCCAACUGGCCAACUCUGGUGCUGGCCGACCUAUUCGACAUCCUGCUGCCCAUGCUGAACAUCUACCAGGAGUUCGUGAGGAACCAUCAGUACAGCCUGCAGGUCCUGGCCAACUGUAAGCAGAACAGAGACUUUGACAAGCUGCUGAAACAGUACGAGUCCAACGCCGCCUGUGAGGGAAGGAUGCUUGAGACCUUCCUCACAUAUCCCAUGUUCCAGAUUCCCCGCUACAUCAUCACCCUGCAUGAGUUACUGGCACACACACCUCAUGAGCACGUGGAGCGAAAGAGUCUGGAAUUCGCCAAGUCCAAGUUAGAGGAACUGUCCAGAGUGAUGCAUGACGAGGUGAGCGACACAGAGAACAUCAGGAAGAACCUGGCCAUAGAGAGGAUGAUAGUGGAGGGCUGUGACAUCCUGCUGGACACCAGCCAGACCUUCGUCCGGCAGGGCUCUCUGAUCCAGCUGCCGUCGGUGGAGCGAGGCAAGUUGAGUAAGGUCCGUUUGGGUUCCCUCUCCCUGAAGAAGGAAGGGGAGAGGCAGUGUUUCCUCUUUACCAAACACUUCCUGGUCUGCACACGAAGCUCUGGGGGAAAGCUGCACCUUCUCAAGCAAGGAGGAGUUUUGUCCCUCAUCGACUGCACGCUUAUAGAGGAACCAGACGCCAGUGAUGAGGAGUCCAAAGCUGGUGGUCAGGUGUUUGGUCAGCUGGACUUUAAGCUCGUAGUGGAACCAUCAGAAUCUGCUUCAUUCACCGUGGUGUUACUGGCGCCAUCGCGUCAGGAGAAGGCAGCGUGGACCAGCGAUAUUAGCCAGUGUAUCGAUAACAUUCGCUGUAAUGGCCUGAUGACCAGUGUGUUUGAGGAGAACUCCAAAGUCACUGUGCCUCAUAUGAUCAAAUCCGAUGUGCGUCUCCAUAAAGAUGAUGUUGACAUUUGCUUCAGCAAGACGCUCAACUCCUGCAAGGUCCCCCAGAUCCGUUACGCCAGCGUGGACCGGCUGCUGGAGAGGCUGACGGACCUGCGCUUCCUCUCAAUAGACUUCCUCAACACCUUCCUGCACACGUACAGGAUCUUCACCACCGCGACGGUGGUCAUGGACAAGCUGGCCGACAUCUACAAGAAGCCCUUUUCCUCCAUUCCUAUCAGGGCGCAGUACCACUCAUUUGACCGUCUGUCCAUCUCAUCCAUCUGUCCUGACUACAGUCUGAAGAUCAAGAAGAUAACCAUGGAUCAGUCCAAGUCCUUGGAGCUGUUCUUUGCCACCAAUCAGAAUAACAGAAGUGGUGAGCACACAAACGACAAAUCUCCUCGUCUUUGCCGCAAGUUCUCCUCUCCUCCUCCUCUGUCCAUCCCGUCCCGCACCUCCUCCCCGGUCCGAACACGAAAGCUCUCCCUCCACUCCCCCAUCACAGCCAGGGUGGGAGGCCUCGACCUCACCAGUCCUCUGUCAAACUCCAACCACACCACUUCCCAGUCUGCUGCCAGUAGCCCUACGUCUGCCCACACCCCACAGACCCCGACGCCUCUGACCCCGACCCCAACCACCUCCUCUCCUCCUCCACCUCCCUCCUCCACCUCUCCUCCGCCAAACAACUCCAAGUCGCCGCAAGACCAAGUUCCGCCCAUUCCGUCGUCUCCGGACCAGAGUCCCUCCCCGACCGCAGACGGAGAGGAGGUGCCACGGGUCGACCCUUUCGGUGGGAAACUGCGAAGGAGCAUCCGCAGAGCUGUGCUGGAGUCAGCGUCACUGGAGAAAAUCAUCCCAGAGUCUCCUCAGAGCAGCGAAGCAGGAGACCUGUCUCCAUGUCGCUCUCCUUCAACACCUCGACACCUCCGCUACAGGCAGCCGGGAGUCCAGUCAGGGGAGAACUCACGCUGCGCAGUCUCUCCUGCCUCUGCCUUCGCCAUCGCUACAGCCGCAGCAGGACAUGGCACACCACCAGCGUUCACCAACUCCGAGCGAACUUGUGAUAAAGAGUUCAUCAUCCGCCGAGCUGCGACCAACCGAGUUCUCAACGUGCUGCGCCACUGGGUCUCCAAACACUCACAGGACUUUGAGAUGAAUGGGGAGCUGAAGAUGUCGGUGAUCUGCCUCCUGGAGGAGGUGCUCAGAGACCAAGACCUUCUUCCGCAGGAGAGGAAAGCCACUGCCAACAUACUAAGUGCCCUUUCUCAAGACGAGCAGGACGACGCCCAGCUGAGGAUAGAGGACAUCUUACAGAUGGCGGACUGUCCGAAGGCAGAGUGUUUCGAGUCGCUCUCGGCGAUGGAGCUGGCUGAACAGAUCACUCUGCUGGAUCACAUUGUCUUCAGGAGCAUCCCCUAUGAGGAGUUCCUCGGUCAGGGCUGGAUGAAGGUUGAUAAGACGGACAGGACGCCUUACAUCAUGAAAACCAGCCAACACUUCAAUGACAUGAGCAACCUGGUGGCGUCACAGAUUAUGACCCACACCGACGUGGGCUCGAGGGCCAACUCCAUAGAGAAGUGGGUCGCUGUGGCCGACAUCUGCCGCUGCCUCAACAACUACAACGGAGUGCUGGAGAUCACCUCUGCGCUUAAUCGCAGCGCCAUCUACCGUUUGAAGAAGACCUGGGCCAAAAUCAGCAAACAGACUAAAGCCCUGAUGGACAAACUGCAGAAGACCGUGUCAUCGGAGGGGAGGUUCAAAAACCUGAGGGAAACCCUGAAAAAUUGCAACCCUCCAUGUGUACCAUAUCUGGGAAUGUAUCUGACAGACCUUGCCUUUAUUGAGGAGGGAACGCCCAAUUUCACUGAGGAAGGCCUUGUUAACUUCUCCAAAAUGAGGAUGAUUUCCCACAUCAUCAGAGAGAUCCGACAGUUCCAGCAGACGCCGUACAGAAUAGAGCUUCAAGUCAAGGUACUCGUGACCCAGUACCUUCUGGAUAAGACUCUGAUCAUGGAUGAAGACACGCUCUAUGACCUCUCGCUGAAGAUCGAGCCCAGACUUCCUGCCUGAGCUGCGGCUGUUUGUGGCCAAGAGGGAGCCUGCGGAAACCUGCAACCCCCAGAGGGCAACACGCCCACAUAAUCUCAUCAAUAAAAAGAGGAAACCAGGAAGUUUUUUGAGAGCGACGCUGAAAAAGGAAAACAAGAGACUGAUGAUGUGAGAGAUUUCUUAAGCGUCAAGUGUGAGGACAGUCGGGGCAAAGCCUCCAACUUUGCGAGAGGUUUUGAAGCGUCGGGCUGAUUGUCAUCAAGGAUCAUGAGCUGCGUUGCGUGAGGGUUUUGAGGAAAUGACAUGUCGCCGUGUGCGCUCAUCAUUCCUCCGGGGAAAGUGGCGCACUUAGACAUCACACUUCCUCAGACCGGGCUGAGAGUCUGAGAGCAUGGCGUGAAUGAAACACAGUGGAUGUAACGGAGAUGUAGCAUUAUACAGAUAGUGUGACGGAGAGAUGUCCGAGCUCGUGUCUCUGUGCUGUCGUCGGUGUUCUCUUAACCUUGCAUUUUUUUUUUCGUGCCAUGUCCUGGAACAAAGAGCCCCCGGCGAUGCUUUUCCGUUCACGAUGGUCACUGUAUAAAACUUGCAUGAUUUCAGCUUGGGAUGUAACUGUGUAAACGGCCUUCAACCUGACCCCUGACCCCCGACCCCUGACCCUGAGCUUAGCAUGCUUCACUCUGCCCGGGGGUGACUCUCUACGCCACUAUGCACCCUCAGUGGGCUGGGUACGGCAAAACGCCUUUCAGCCUUCAAAGGAAAUGUAGACAGACACUAAAAAGAAAACCAUAAAAAAAAUCAUUUAAAAUGGAAAAUAAUAUAUAUAUUUUGAUGAAGUGGCUGAUUUUUGUCAUUUAUCAAACAAUUAAUUCUCUAUUUAUCUUGAGUCUGGUCUUCUUUAGAUUCCCCAUGAGAACAGAAAGCUCUAUUUUUUUUUUUUAAAUGUCCUCAUGAAUGAUACAAAAUUGAAAACUUUAUCAGUGCCUUCCACUGGCGUAGGUCAAUUUCUGCUCAAUUGCCAAUUUUACACACGUAAAGUUUUGUACAAAUCCUGCUUUGGGGGAAAACCUUUGAGGUAAUCAGUAGUUUUACUCGUUCCACUUCCUUUGACAGAAAACUUAUCAGUAGCAUGUUCGUGAAAACUGGUGAUGUCAUUGCAGCGUCUGAUCAUCAGCGAAUAUCGCCCUCUGGUGUUUGAAACCUUGCUAUAACCUCCACUGACCCAAAGCUUUUUGCAGUGCUUGUGUGCAGUUUGAAUUUUUUAUUUUGCCGUUUUUGCAAAUUUGUCCGAUACUGACGUGUGUAGUCAGGUCCCAGUGUUUGAAGUCUUGGAUGUAGGCUGGGACAGUUUUUGCACUCUCUGACAUGUAGCUUUGCUUGAGUGACAGUAUGAUAGUUGUUGACCAUGCUAUUCAUUUCAUCAGAUACUGUAUUUAUAUAUUACAUUUGCAUAUAGUGACUCCACACAUGUCAUAUGAUUGAUGAAGGAAUACUUUGAAUUGUUAUGCUGUGAAUAUUUUUAUUUUUUAUUUUGGGUCUCUUGCUUUCAUGUUGAAUUCUAGUUUUGCAUCCCAGGCUCAUGAUUCAGUGAAGAAGAAAUCUGUUUAACUUUAUUCUAAAGGAAAAAAAAUGUCUUAUGAAGUUUAAAAAAAAAGAUGUAGCAUUUGAAAGUUUUUUUUCCAUUUAACUGAUAUGAUGAACGUAGUUGUCCUGCAUGCACACAACAUCUGCAUGUUGUGCAUGUCUGAUCGGACGCUCCCUGUACCUGCUUCUCUAUAUUGUCUCUGUAGUUGUCUGGAGGUUCUGGUAAAAGGCAUGAAAACAAUAUUCUGUCCAUCUAAUCUGGGAUAUUUGUUUCUUGGUGUACCACAACGCGUCCAGCACAGUCUGUGGACGGAGUUUUCUUCAGAACAGCUGUUGUCGUGCAGUAGCAGCGUUGGAAGUUACCUCAGUGAAAACCCCGGAUCGAUGAGAGGAAUCGUUCUCAGGCUUUGCUUGUGGGGAAACUUGUCUUCUGCUCUGCGCCCGUAACUGAGAGUCUGUUUUACACACAGGUUUAAGAAGACUGGAUGUUUGUAUUGUAAUAUUAUUUUUGUGUAUUUGUUUGUGUGUUUAUUUAUUGGUUUGCAUUUUUCACUUGUAGGUGCAGGGGAAAUAAAUUCAACAUGCCUUA